AUGCUCAACAACACCUGGUCCGAAUACCUGACGAUCCGCCUGGUGAUUCUCUUCCUCCACUCCCUCGCCCCGCUAUGUACAGUGUACACCCUCACCCUCCUCCGCCGCGCCUUCUUCGCCCGUCGCUUCAGCCAACCAGUCUUCACGACUCCAUUCCAACUCUACUGCGCCGCGGAAACAACCUUCUUCGCUUUCACUCUCUGGUAUCGUGGACGUCUCCAACGCGAAGCCGUCCACCCACCGCUCAGAAGCAAGGAAGACAGGAAGAAGUUAUUCGACAAAGUCAGAUCUGAGAUCCAUGAUCCGCAGAAGUUUCUCCAGGGAUGGUUCCGAGGCGCGAAGAUCGAGGAGAUAGGACGAGAGGACCUGAGGGAGUUCUUGAGCUGGGCGUUCUUUGAGGCGAGGACGGAUGAUGAGAGCGAGGGGGAACUCGAGGCGCUGGUGGGCAAGGUGGAGAAGAUGAUGGGGAGCUCGUUCAAGCCGGGUAAGGGAGGUGCGAAGAGUUUGAGACUCACGUUGGAUCCUAUUGAGAUACAGUGGAGGAGUUUACUGUGGUACGGGAUCAUUAUGCUCGUGGACACGAUCGUGCAUGUCAGGUUCUUGGUGUAUGGGUUCGGGUACAGGAGCACGAGGGGUGGGAGCUUGAGUGUGUUUCCGCCUAGGCCACUGCCGGCUGUUACAAUGGCGGUGGGGAAGAGGAGUCCAGCGGAGGGAAUUUCGUAUUGGGUCAAACGCCAUACGUCGACUACAAGGCUGCCGGUGGUAUAUAUUCACGGCAUUGGUGUCGGGUUGCAUCCUUAUGUGGAGUUUCUUCACGAAGUCGACCGUGCGACAAACCAUGGACACGAUGCGAAAGACCAGGUCGGCAUCAUCUGCAUCGAAGUCCUGCAGAUCUCCUCGCGUCUCACGCACAGCAUGCUCACCCGCGCAGACUUCCUGGCGCAAACCACCAAGAUCCUAAAUCACGAGCAAGGAUACAACCGCUUCGUCCUGAUCUCGCACUCCUAUGGCUCGGUCUUCAGCACACAUAUGCUCACCGACGACACCAUGUCCAAGCGGGUCGCAGCCACCUUACUCGUGGAUCCCGUGACGAUGAUCCUGCAUAUGCCGGACGUGGCGUACAACUUCACCAUCCGCAAACCUACUACAGCGAAUGAAUGGCAAUUAUGGUACUUCGCCUCCAAAGACCCCGGCGUCGCACAUACGCUUGGUAGACAUUUCUUCUGGAGCGAGAACAUAUUAUGGCGUGACCGUAUAGCUCAUCUCGUCGAGAACGGUAUACGCGUGACGGCUAGUCUUGCCCGCCGGGACUUGAUCGUUGAUACGGAAGCUGUGGGAGCUUAUUUGAUGGAGAAGAAAGUUCUGGACCCGGUUGUGGUGAAGGAAGGGAAUGGGAAGACGAAGAUGGAGCUCAGUGUCAAUGAAAAGGAUGGUCGAGAGGACGAGGACUGGAAAGUGAGGAAGUGGAAGGGUAAGGGGUUGGAAGUGCUGUGGUGGGAUGAUCUGGAUCAUGCGCAGGUUUUCGAUAAUAAGGAUGACAGGAGGAAGCUUGUUGAGGUUGUGAGGGAGUAUUGUACGAACGAGUAG